AGUAUGAAUAACCUUAUAUUAAAGUCUCCAUAAUGGGCAUAUACCAUAGAUUCCUGCAUUGAUUCUGGAUUUUAGUGUCAUUCUUUGGAUAUAUAAACACAUACCUUCUCACUCCAUCUAUGUACCUCUAAAUUUCCAACAGCUCAACUUAUGUUUCUCUCUCCUCAAUCCACCAAGGUGUAACAAACAAGAAGUGAAAUUGUAAUCAGGUAACAAAGUUGGUGAUGGCAGGACAACUAGGAGUGCUUAAUGCACUCGAUGUGGCGAAGACACAAAUGUACCAUUUCACAGCAAUUGUGAUUGCUGGAAUGGGUUUUUUCACUGAUGCCUAUGAUCUCUUUUGCAUUUCCCUUGUCACAAAAUUGUUAGGACGAAUCUAUUACACAGAUCCUACCCAACCAAAGCCAGGUGUUCUUCCUCCCGGUGUACAAGCUGCGGUAACUGGUGUUGCCCUAGUCGGCACUUUGUCUGGCCAACUUUUCUUCGGUUGGCUUGGUGACAAAUUAGGAAGGAAAAAAGUUUAUGGUAUAACCCUUAUGCUUAUGGUAGGUUGUUCGCUCGCCUCAGGUCUAUCUUUUGGAAAUAGUCCAAAGGGUGUCAUGGCAACACUUUGUUUCUUCAGGUUUUGGCUUGGUUUUGGAAUUGGUGGUGAUUACCCUCUUUCUGCUACAAUUAUGUCUGAGUAUGCGAACAAGAAGACGCGAGGAGCUUUUAUCGCUGCAGUGUUUGCUAUGCAAGGAUUUGGAAUCAUGGCUGGUGGAGUAUUUGCAUUGAUUGUAGCUGCUGCUUUUGAUCACAAAUAUCAAGUUCCUACUUAUGAAGAAAACGCGAAAGCGUCGCUUGUGUUACCGGCUUUUGAUUACGUUUGGCGUAUUAUUUUGAUGUUUGGUGCUGUUCCGGCAGCACUUACCUAUUACUGGCGUAUGAAGAUGCCUGAGACAGCUCGUUACACGGCACUUGUUGCUAAGAAUGGUAAACAAGCUGCUUCUGAUAUGUCUAAGGUGUUACAAGUUGAAAUUGAAGCUGAAGAGGAAAAAGUGCAAAAUUUGGCUGAGAAUCAAAACCAAAAGUUUGGUCUUUUUACCAGACAAUUCGCAAAACGACACGGAUUGCACUUGUUGGGAACAACAACUACUUGGUUCUUGUUGGACAUUGCUUUCUACAGUCAGAAUCUUUUUCAAAAGGAUAUUUUCACCGCGAUUGGGUGGAUCCCUCCAGCAAAAGAAAUGAAUGCAAUUAACGAACUGUAUAGGAUUGCAAGAGCACAAACCCUUAUAGCAUUGUGCAGUACAGUGCCAGGUUACUGGUUUACAGUGGCAUUUAUCGAUUACAUGGGUCGUUUUGCGAUCCAAUUGAUGGGUUUCUUCUUCAUGACCGUCUUCAUGUUUGCUCUAGCUAUACCUUAUGAUCAUUGGACUAAGAAAGAAAACAGAAUUGGGUUUGUUGUAAUGUACUCAUUAACUUUCUUUUUUGCCAAUUUCGGUCCAAAUGCUACCACAUUUGUUGUUCCAGCCGAGAUUUUCCCGGCAAGGCUUAGAUCUACCUGUCACGGAAUCUCAGCUGCUGCAGGAAAGGCUGGAGCAAUUGUUGGUGCAUUUGGAUUUUUAUAUGCUGCACAAAGUAAGGAUCCGACGAAGACUGAUCAUGGUUACCCAACUGGUAUUGGUAUCAAGAACUCCCUCAUUGUGCUUGGUGUUGUCAACUUCUUUGGAAUGGUAUUCACCUUCUUAGUACCUGAACCAAAUGGAAAAUCAUUGGAAGAGAUGAGUGGUGAGAACGAAGAUGACGAUGCUGAGGCUAUUGAGAUGGCAGCAGGGUCUGCUAGGACAGUACCUGUUUAAUCAAAAUAUCUGUUCAAAAUUCAAACAACAUCAAAGUUAUUAUUGUUACAUGGCAACUUUUAGUUUGGUUUUUUUUCUUCUUCUGCCAGAUGCAAAAUAAUGAUGUAGAUACUAUUACUUGUUUUUGAGUGUUCUAACUUUAUAUCAAUUAUUAUAUAGUGUUUCUGUAUUUUUGUUCUUGUUUUGAUAUCUAAAUAAUGAAGUUUGAGGCCUAAUGUAAUAUUGAAGAAAAUAUAUGAAUUGGAUCAUAUGUAUGCAUAA